AUAACAUUUUUCACCUAUGUACAACUUCCCAAUUUUUUAAUAUUACACACUCAUGGGUGUAACAGCGUAUGUUAUAUGUGGAAAUGCAGAAAUUUCUUCACAUGCACAUUUCAGUAUGAGGUGACUGGAGGGAAAACAUGGUUGUUGGAAUGUUGAAAGAUGGUGAGGAGGAAGCAGCAAAUUAAUUAAUUCAUUACUCACUGUACAAUUCUUUGUCUUCAAGCACUCUUUUCUGCUUCUAAGUGCUUGAAGACAAAGACAAAGAAAGUGCUUUUCUUCUUCUAAGUGCAGAGACAAGGCAGCUUAAUGAGACAUUUAAUAUGCUUCUUCUAAAUAUCUUUGUAUAUUUAUCAGUUUGUUUUUGCUUAAAUUUGAAUGGGCUGUUCUGCAGGAAAAGUCUUAAAUGCAGUUUUUUACUGCUAUUUGCUUUUCCAGCAUUUUUUAGUUUGGUUAUUUCCUAGUCACUUUCUAGUUCACUAACAGACUUUGAAAGGUUUUAACACCUCCAUUCUUGUUGUCCCCCAGUUCUGUGUCACAAGCCAGAUGACACAAGCUAUGGAGAAGAACAAAGGAAUCACAGAGCCAGCAACACAAUACUUUCUACUAUUAGUAAGCAGUUUGAUGCAACAGCACUUCAGAAUGAGCUGAAGCUGGUCCUUUGGUAUGUAGGGCUGCAGUAGCAGCACCUCAUGACAUAGCAUUUUUGCCUUUACUACUUCUUCUUAAGUACUGAAACUUUUGGCAUGGCUAUACUGACUCAACACCAUCAAAAAAUAAAUUGCAUUGAAUUUGAUGCUGAAUUCUUAGACCACUGUCCUAGAAUGAGUUCACACGUGACAAUUCUGCUGUAGGGUGCCAUGUGAAUGAUUUAUCCUAACAUAUAGGAGAAGCCACUGCAAAGAAAAGCUGGGAAAAGAUUGAUAAUGUAAUGCCAGAAAGGAAUCAAACAGUGUGGUUAGUAAAAUGAGAUGGCAUGACUUUAGAAGAAAAAGGGCAACUGUUGACUAAGACAAAGGUAAUAUAAGUAUGCAUUAAGGAAUUCCAAUGAUAAAAUUGUUUUUGACUGUUUGUAAGCAUUGGGAAUUAUGCUGAUCUUGGCUUAUUUUCAUUUUGCAUCAAUCCAGUCCUUGGGAGGAAACUGUCCAUUAAUGCAAGCAUUGUGACUUUAACAUGGUCUGAUGCCAAGUUGGAAAUAUGAUGCAGGAGACUAGACCUUUUGAAGCCUAUUAUGAAGUGUCUCAUUUUUUAUCAUGUCCAUGAAUGAAAAGUUAGAACAGUUAUGCACUAUAUGGUAAUACUAUUAUUUGGCAGCAGGUUUGGGCAAAGUGCAAGUCUGUUCUGUACUUUAAGAUGAUCUACUGUAAGUAGGAAAGUAGAUAAGACUGACUGAAAAGGUCAACAUUUCUUUGCUAGGUUUUGGAGAAAAUACACGUGUCUAGUUACAAACCAUAGCAGCUUCCAUUUGGUUUUUACUUUCAUUUGACUCAUUUAUAUCAAGAUAGGUACAAGACAUUUCCUUCCCACAGGAUCACAGAAUUGCAGGGGUUGGAGGGGACCUCUGGAGAUCAUUCAGUCCAAGCCUCCUGCUAAAGCAGGAUCCCUACAGUAAGUUACAAAAGGGUCCAAUAUGUUUAUAUUGUGCACGUUUGUAUCCGUGCUUUACUUCUCUAAUGGUAGACUUAAAGCAAGUUGUGCACUGCAAUAUGCAUAGGAUUGAUGAGAUUAUAAACUGUUUGAUCACUGUUUUCCCAGGGGUACAGCCUCUCACUGGGUACCAUGCCAGUUGCAGAGGAAGUGACAGAACAAACAGCAGCUGGCCCCUUCAUUUAUUAGCAAUGCUGGGAAGCGAGGUGGGGGAAGCAAGGGAGGACCAGAAGCUGUUGAAUUUCUUCUCUCAAUUAAAUGAAUAAUGUUCACUGGCCACAUUACUAAAUAAUCUCUUCUCCACUGAAGACUCAUUGAAAGACUCGUGACAACUAGGUGCGCUUCUUGGAUGCUAUCACUUGAAAAGCUUGCAGUUUCUUUUUCAGGUGAAUAGAAUCUUAAGGAUUUGCAUCAUUUUUUUUUUUUUUUUUUAAUUAUUUCUUUUGUUGCCUCAUUCUCAUUUAUCUCGUGAACAGUAUAAGGCCUCAUGCUAAGACAACCUAUUAACAACACCAAAAAAAAAGAAAGCAUGAAAAUGUAUAUUUAUAAGGAGCUUCUCAGUCAAGCUUUCCUGUUGUGAUUCUAAUGCAUGCAUGUUAUGCAAAUUGAAACGUUCUCUAUGUGUGAUAUAACACACUAUUCUCAUCCAUCAAUUUUUCAUCAUGUACACUAGAGAGAAGCCUCAUCCUACUUCCACUGUCACGACUGCCCUUCCAAGAAGUGAAGGUCACUGUAAGAGCUGCUGUUUUUUUACCUGUCUGUGCAGUGUGUGCAAACAGAGACAGAGAUUCACCAAGAGAAAUCAGAAGGCUGUAGUUACAAGGACAAAACUGGAAUUUAAAAAGCAACACAGUGCUGGAGGAUGUGUUUAAAACGUGAUCACAGGAUCUUCUUGCACAAGAGCCUAGAAGUAUUUAAAGUUUGCAGAAUGAAAAGAUGGCACAGGCAAUGCUGGUACCACCAGGAUCUGACUGCUUCUUCUAUUUCACCAAAGAGUCCCUUGCAGCUAUUGAAAAACGUAUUGCUGAUGAAAAGUCCAAUCGUGAUAAAGAUGAGCAUAAAGAUGACGGUGGUCAUGAAGAAGUUCAGCCGACGCCAAAUAAUGACUUGGAGGCAGGAAAGACGCUGCCAUUUAUUUAUGGUGAUGUUCCUCCAGAAAUGGUAUCUGAGCCCCUGGAGGACUUGGAUCCAUAUUAUAUCAAUAAAAAAACAUUUAUAGUAUUGAAUAAAGGGAAGACAAUCUUCAGGUUCAGUGCCACAUCUGCCUUGUACCUUUUAUCUCCUUUCAAUGUUAUCAGAAGAGUAGCUAUUAAGAUUUUAGUUCAUUCGCUGUUCAGCAUGCUCAUUAUGCUCACGAUUUUGACAAACUGUGUAUUCAUGACAUGGAGAAGACUUCCAGAAUGGACAAAGAAUGUAGAGUACACUUUCACUGGAAUUUAUACUUUUGAAUUUCUGGUAAAAAUCCUUGCGAGAGGUUUCUGUAUAGAUGAUUUUACUUGCCUUCGUGACCCUUGGAACUGGCUUGAUUUUGUUGUCAUUUCCUUUGCAUAUGUGACAGAGUUUGUGGACCUGGGCAAUGUCUCAGCACUGAGAACAUUCAGAGUUCUCCGAGCUUUGAAAACAAUAUCAGUCAUUCCAGGCUUGAAGACUAUUGUGGGAGCCUUAAUUCAGUCUGUGAAGAAGCUCUCAGACGUAAUGAUCUUGACUGUUUUUUGCCUGAGUGUGUUUGCACUAAUUGGACUGCAGCUGUUCAUGGGCAACUUGAAGAAUAAAUGUUUGUUAUGGCCAUCAAGAAAUUCAACCUCUUUUGAAAAAUACUUAGCUCCAUACUUUAAUGGUACAGUGUUUGACUGGGCAGCGUACAUUGAUGAUGAAAGUCAUUUUUAUCGUCCAGAAGGACAAAAGGAUUAUCUGCUUUGUGGCAAUAGCUCAGAUGCAGGUAAAUGUCCAGAAGAGUUUAUCUGUGUGAAAGCAGGUAGAAACCCCAACUAUGGUUAUACUAGCUUUGACACAUUCAGCUGGGCUUUCUUGUCCCUCUUUCGACUUAUGACACAGGACUACUGGGAAAAUCUUUAUCAGCUGACAUUACGAGCUGUUGGCAAAACAUACAUGAUAUUUUUCGUUCUGGUCAUUUUUCUGGGUUCCUUCUAUUUGAUUAACUUGAUUUUGGCUGUGGUUGCCAUGGCCUAUGAAGAACAAAAUCAAGCAACUAUGGUUGAAGCAGAACAGAGGGAGGCAGACUUGCAGCAGAUGCUUGAACAGCUAAAGAGGCAGCAAGAAGAAGCUCAGGCAAUAGCAGCAGCUGCAGCGGAGAUGACAGAGUUUGGUGGUGAAAGUGGACCUUCAGACAGUUCUUCCGAAGCAUCCAAGCUUAGCUCAAAAAGUGCCAAAGAAAGGAGAAAUAGAAGGAAGAAAAGAAGGCAGAAGGAGCAUUCUGGAGAAGAGGAUAACAUGAAAGAUACAAAGCUUUCAAAAUCUGAGUCAGAUGGCAGUAUCAGAAGGAAAGGUUUCAGAUUUUCUUUUGAUGGCAACAAACUUGCUUAUGGGACCCGGCUCACAUCACCCCACCAGUCUCUACUAAGCAUUCGUGGCUCCCUGUUUUCUCCCAGACGUAGUAGCAGAACAAGUCUUUUCAGUUUUAGAGAUCAUGGAAAAGAGAUAGGAUCUGAAAAUGACUUUGCUGAUGAUGAACACAGCACAUUUGAUGAUAACGGAAGCAGAAGAGGUUCUCUUUUUGUACCACUGAGACACAGUGAACGACGUGGUAGUAACAUUAGUCAGGCCAGCAGAUCGUCAAGAAGGCUGACGAUGUUUCCAGUGAAUGGGAAGAUGCAUAGCACUGUGGAUUGCAAUGGAGUGGUUUCUUUAGUGGAUAGACCUCCAUAUCUCUUGUCGCCUACAGGGCAGCUUCUGCCAGAAGUGGUAAUAGACAAACCAACAACUGAUGACAAUAGUACUACUACAGAAAUGGAAACAAAAAAGAGACGGUCAAGCUCGUAUCAAAUACCGAUGGAUUUGCUGGAGGAUCCCAAUCUAAGACAAAGAGCCAUGAGUAUAGCUGGCAUCAUCACAAAUACAAUGGAAGAACUUGAAGAAUCCAGACAAAAAUGCCCACCUUGCUGGUAUAAGUUUGCCCACACAUACUUAAUUUGGAAUUGUUGUGAGUUUUGGUUAAAAGUGAAGAGUGUAGUUUCAUUUAUUGUAAUGGACCCACUUGUUGAUCUGGCUAUCACUAUUUGCAUAAUUUUAAACACCCUGUUUAUGGCCUUGGAGCAUUAUCCAAUGACGGAGACUUUUAACAAUACACUUAAAGUAGGAAAUCAGGUUUUUACUGGAAUUUUUGCAGCAGAAAUGGUUCUCAAGAUAAUUGCCAUGGAUCCUUUUUAUUAUUUCCAAGUUGGCUGGAAUAUUUUCGAUAGUUUUAUAGUUACCCUUAGUUUGGUGGAGCUUUUCCUGGCAAAUGUGGAUGGAUUAUCUGUUUUACGAUCGUUCAGAUUGCUUCGAGUUUUUAAACUGGCAAAAUCUUGGCCAACUCUAAAUAUGCUGAUUAAGAUUAUUGGCAACUCCGUGGGGGCUUUGGGCAAUUUGACCCUGGUGCUGGCCAUCAUUGUGUUCAUUUUUGCUGUGGUUGGGAUGCAGCUGUUUGGGAAAUACUACAAGGAAUGUGUCUGCAAGAUCUCUAGCGACUGCGAACUUCCACGCUGGCACAUGCAUGACUUUUUCCACUCUUUCUUGAUUGUAUUCCGAGUGCUGUGUGGAGAAUGGAUAGAAACGAUGUGGGACUGCAUGGAGGUUGCAGGGCAGCCUAUGUGCCUCACUGUCUUCAUGAUGGUCAUGGUGAUUGGAAACCUAGUGGUAUUGAACCUUUUUCUGGCUUUGCUGCUGAGUUCAUUUAGUUCAGACAGCCUUUCUCCUACCGAGGAUGAUAAUGAAAUGAAUAAUUUACAGAUAGCUGUUGCAAGAAUUCAGAAGGGAAUAGAUUAUGUGAAGGAAAAAGUAGGUGAAUAUAUUCAGAAAUCUUGCUGGAGGAAACAAGUGGCUGCAAAUGAAAGAACAGCAACAGAUCAAUUGAAUGAUGAAAGACACCAUUGCAUUUCCAACUGUACCAUUGCUGAAAUAAAGAUAGAUACAACUUACCACAAAAAUGAGAAUGGAACAGCCAGUGUUGUAGGAAACAGUGACUAUCCAUUGUUCAUAAACAACCCAAGCCUUACUGUUACAGUACCGAUAGCUGUUGGAGAAUCUGACUUUGAACAUCUGAAUACAGAAGAGUUUAGUAGUGACUCAGAUUUGGAGGAAAGCAAGGAGAAGAUAAAUCUUUCCAGCUCAUCUGAAGGAAGUACAGUUAAUUUGGCUCUGUUUGGAGAAGAAAAAGCUGAGACUGAACCAGAAAAAGCAGCAGAGCUACAGACAUGUUUUACAGAAGGCUGUAUACAGAAGUUUAAAUGCUGUAGAUGCAAUAUGGAAAGCAGAAGAGGAAUAAUCUGGUGGAACCUUAGAAAAACUUGCUACAGGAUAGUAGAACACAACUGGUUUGAAACAUUCAUUGUCUUCAUGAUUCUUCUCAGCAGUGGUACUCUGGCUUUUGAAGAUAUAUAUAUUGAACAGCGCAAGACUAUCAAGGUCAUACUGGACUAUGCUGAUAAAAUCUUCACUUAUAUCUUUAUUCUGGAAAUGGUGCUAAAAUGGGUGGCUUAUGGUUUUCAAACUUACUUCACUAAUGCCUGGUGCUGGCUGGACUUCCUGAUUGUUGAUGUCUCGUUAGUUAGCUUAGUAGCUAAUGCUCUCGGUUUCUCAGAACUUGGUGCAAUUAAAUCUCUCCGAACAUUAAGGGCUUUGAGACCUCUAAGAGCUUUGUCACGCUUCGAAGGAAUGAGGGUGGUUGUGAAUGCUCUUACUGGAGCAAUCCCAUCCAUAAUGAAUGUGCUUCUGGUUUGUCUUACAUUCUGGCUAAUUUUCAGUAUCAUGGGAGUAAAUCUGUUUGCUGGCAAGUUCUUUCACUGUGUUAACACCACAACUGGACUUCAAUUCAAACCAGAAGAAGUUGAUAACAAAACUAUGUGUGAAAAUCGUAGGAGCACUGCAUCAGAUGUUCGAUGGAAAAAUGUGAAAGUAAACUUCGAUAAUGUUGGAGCUGGUUAUCUUUCUCUGCUUCAAGUAGCGACAUUUAAAGGAUGGAUGGAAAUCAUGUAUGCUGCUGUUGACUCUAGGGAUGUAGGGAAACAGCCCAUGUAUGAGGAAAACCUAUACAUGUAUCUUUACUUUGUUGCCUUUAUCAUCUUUGGAUCCUUUUUCACGCUAAACUUGUUCAUUGGUGUCAUCAUAGAUAACUUCAACCAACAAAAAAAGAAGAUAAGAGGUCAGGACAUUUUUAUGACAGAAGAACAAAAGAAAUACUACAAUGCAAUGAAGAAGUUAGGUUCCAAGAAACCACAAAAACCUAUACCUAGGCCAGCGAAUAAAUUGCAAGGUUUGGUGUUUGAUAUUGUAACAAAACAAGCAUUUGACAUCGGCAUUAUGGUCCUCAUCUGUCUUAACAUGGUCACCAUGAUGAUAGAAACAGAUGACCAGAGUGAACUUAUGCAAAAUAUUUUAUACUGGAUUAACUUUGUCUUUGUUGUCCUUUUCACUGGAGAAUGUGUCUUAAAACUGUUCUCACUCCGUUACUAUUACUUCACUGUUGGCUGGAAUAUCUUUGAUUUUGUGGUUGUUAUCCUUUCAAUAGUAGGUAUGUUUUUAGCUAAUGUGAUUGAAAAGUAUUUUGUGUCCCCUACUUUGUUCCGAGUCAUCCGACUUGCCAGAAUAGGUCGCAUCCUGCGUCUCAUUAAAGGCGCAAAGGGAAUCCGCACUCUGCUUUUUGCUCUGAUGAUGUCUCUUCCUGCUUUGUUCAACAUUGGCCUGCUGCUCUUCUUGGUCAUGUUUAUCUAUGCGAUAUUUGGCAUGUCCAACUUUGCCUACGUUAAGAGGGAAGCUGGAAUUGAUGACAUGUUCAACUUUGAAACAUUUGGCAACAGCAUGAUCUGCCUAUUUCAAAUUACCACAUCUGCUGGCUGGGAUGGCUUGUUAGCCCCAAUUCUUAACAGUGGGGAGCCGGACUGUGACCCUCAUAAAGAUCACCCAGGGAGCUCUGUUAAAGGUGACUGUGGUAAUCCUUCGGUUGGGAUUUUCUUCUUUGUCAGCUACAUCAUCAUAUCCUUUCUGGUGGUGGUGAACAUGUACAUUGCUGUCAUUCUGGAGAAUUUUGGUGUUGCUACUGAAGAAAGUGCUGAACCCUUGGGUGAGGAUGACUUCGAGAUGUUCUAUGAGGUAUGGGAAAAAUACGAUCCAGAUGCAACACAGUUCAUAGAAUACAGCAAACUAUCUGAUUUUGCAGCUUCUCUGGAUCCUCCUCUUAAUAUACCAAAACCAAACAAGGUCCAGCUGAUUGCAAUGGAUCUGCCCAUGGUAAGCGGUGACAGAAUUCACUGCCUUGACAUCUUGUUUGCUUUUACAAAGCGUGUAUUAGGGGACAGUGAUGAGAUGGAUGCCCUCAGAGUACAGAUGGAAGAUCGUUUCAUGGCAGCCAAUCCUUCUAAAGUCUCCUAUGAACCAAUCACAACCACAUUAAAACGGAAACAGGAGGAAGUGUCUGCUACCAUUAUUCAGCGUGCCUAUAGAUGUUAUCUUUUAAGACGAUCAAUAAAGAAACUUUCAUAUAUGUAUCGCAAAGAUGGGGUUGAUAUACUUAGCAAAAAUUAUAUGCUUUUUGGUAAGCUAAAUGAAAACUCAGCUUCAGAAAAAACAGAUAUGACUGCAUCCACCACAUAUCCACCUUCCUAUGACAGUAUAACAAAACAAGAAAAGGAAAAAUAUGAAGAUGACAAAUCAGAAAAAGAAGACAAACGGAAAGACAGAAAAGGAAAUAAAAAGUAGAAGACACAAAGAAGUGGGCAGUGGUGGCUGUUUAAAGCCUCAGAAGAUGAAAUUUUUAUCAAUAACACUUCUGUUGAAGGAUUAUGCCAAAAUGACAAGUUUUUACUUAUUUACCAAGUGCUAUUGUCAGUGCCUGUACCAAGAUAAUGACUUGUGGUAGCAACCCUGUAUGUAUCAGGGAAACAAGCAUUCCAGAAAAAUAGUUUUUAUUACCAGCUGGCACUAAUAGAGAGGAGACAUAAAGUUUUUAUUUGGACUAUGUGGACUCUUAAUGGAGUGCAAAAUUACCAGUUCUAGUAAGUUUGUGAAUAUGUGUAUCCACUGUGUGCAUUUUAUCUAUCGUGUAUGUGUAUCUUUUCCUUUGGUGGUCUCAUUUGCUGUAAUUCACAUUCUAUUACUUGUAAUUGUACUCUGUUGAGGAAGAGGAUAAAUGCUCAAUCAGAGGAAGACAGUGUCAUGAGUUAGUUAAUGACAGUGUCAUAAUGUGAACAUAGUCCUCUUCAAGCCACCACUUCUAAAAGCAGAAAAAAGAGUCCAGAUUCUUGGACCUUAGAAUCUACAUCAAAUCAACAGCAAAUGAUAAAGAAUAAUGUAAUAAUGUUAGAAAAAUAAUUUACCAGAAAACAAAACAGGAGAAGAAUCACUUUCACAGAAAGGAGGUUAGUAAUUUGUUCUCUUGAUUUUACUAUAUUUGUUUAAUAUUUUCUAUUAAUUCUUCAUUUUUCACAUAGUCCUAUUCAGUGAAUGAUUUAAAUGCAUCAUGCUACAGAAAAUUUCUUAUUUGAUGAAUGCAGAACUAGUAAAAAAGAGUUAGUUUACUUUCAGGGUCCAAGAUUACUCUUAGUUUAUGAGUGUUUAAAAUGGGAUUUUAUCAUGGAGUAGCUAUAAACACCAAAUUUUUGCCUACAGGGAAUCACUGGGGGGAAAAAAGUGGUAGCUUAUUUUACUUAGUUAAGAAAAGAAUGUAGACCUUCUAACAACUUUCAUACUUCAUUCCAAUGUUAGUCUCUACAAAUUUCAUUUCACAUAUGUAAAUCCUAUUUAAUACAGUAAUCAAAGCUACAUGUAUAAAAUGAUAGCAAAAUACCUAUUGGAACAAACAUUGCCUUAGUUUGUACAUUAGGCUGAAAUUAGCAUACUUCGAGAAGCUGAUCAUGUUGAAGAUAUAAACUAAGUACAUUGAAGGUAACUUUGAGCCUCAUAGGACUUUAAUCAGGUUUCCACUUUAUGAAAUGCAGUCUUCCAUAGAAGGCUGAGAUGACCAAAUGAUGUACUUGAAUCAGCUUUGUUCUGCACUGUAGUUUAGAUGACUUUUUUCACAUCAAAGCUUAUAGAACUCAUGUAGGUAAAAUUGUUCUGUUACUUAGUCACUUGUUUUACACAGUGGUACCUGUUUGAACAAAGAGACAAUGACCUAAGUACUAUAUUAAUUGCAUUAAAUAUGUACCCUCAUAAGUGUGGCUUUUAAUAUUUCAGUAAAUUAUAUGAUAUAUUCUGUAAUACUCUAAAUAAUUGGGAAGCUUUAACUGAUGCAUGCUUGCUGCUAUUAUUCUACAGCUAUUAAAGUCUAAGGUGGAAAGACAUGUGAGUGUUAGAAAGAAAAAAACUAUUCAGCAAGACCAUCAUUCCUCACAACAGUAAGCAAUAGUUUGCUGCUAUUAUAGAUUUUAUUUUGAGUUUAUUAAUAUUAUGCUGUGAAUAAAAAGACAAUAGAAGAUUAAUAUACUGCUUAACUUGCUUAA